GAGCGGGACGCGGGCAGCAGCCGCCACCGCCGCCGCCUCCGCGGGAAGUUUGGCUGGGUUUUGACAGAGGCGAGGGGAAGCCCUGACAGACAGGAUCUCCCGGACUGAGUCCACCCCCUGCGCCCACCCACACACCCAGCGACUUUUCCCCGGCGAGGGGGCAGGGGGGGAAGCGACGCUCAUGCUCCUCACUCUGUGUCGCACCCGUCUGACUGGGGCUACCUAGGGAGCACAGUCUCUUGGAAGAGCCUCCAGGUGGAGAAGGAAAAAAAUACCAUCCUCCCCCAAAACCUAUGGUUUCUCCAUCCCUUACCCUCCUUUCCCAAGCCGGCGUGGACAGCAGAGCCGGCCGCCUAGUUCACCCUCGCCCUGCUCGCCACCUCUCCGCCCGAGGGAGGAUGAAGAUGCUUUGCUGGAGGAUGGCACUGUGGCUCGCCGGGUGGACUGUCUGCGGGAAGCCUUCUUCCUGCUCUGGCCUCGAUUAUGACUACACUUACGAUUUCACUGAAGAGGAUAAAGCCGAGGCGAUAGAUUAUAAGGAUCCUUGCAAAGCUGCUGUCUUUUGGGGAGAUAUUGCCUUAGAUGAUGAAGACUUAAAAAUCUUUCAAAUUGACAGGACGAUUGACCUUACGCAGCACUCCAACGAAAGACUUGGCCAUAACACAGGUGGCUUUGGAGAGCAUGGAAUGUCAAAAAAACGCGGUGCCCUCUAUCAGCUUAUAGAGAGGAUAAGAAGAUUUGGCUCUGGUUUUGAGCAAAAUAAUACAUCUAAAGGAAGAACUACUGUAAAAUUCUCAGGGAAAAAUGAGAAAAACCGAUUUCCCAGAGCUGCUACAUCACGAACAGAAAGAAUAUGGCCAGGUGGUGUCAUUCCAUAUGUAAUAGGAGGAAAUUUCACUGGCACGCAGCGCGCCAUGUUCAAGCAGGCCAUGCGGCACUGGGAGAAGUACACCUGCGUCACCUUCAUCGAGCGCAGCGACGAGGAGAGCUACAUUGUCUUCACCUACAGGCCCUGUGGGUGCUGUUCUUAUGUGGGUCGAAGGGGAAAUGGUCCUCAGGCUAUAUCUAUUGGCAAGAACUGUGAUAAAUUUGGCAUAGUUGUCCAUGAGUUGGGUCACGUGAUAGGUUUUUGGCAUGAACAUACACGACCAGACCGUGAUGACCAUGUCAGCAUCAUUAGAGAGAACAUCCAACCUGGUCAGGAAUACAACUUUUUGAAGAUGGAGCCUGGAGAGGUGAACUCCCUGGGGGAACCAUAUGACUUUGACAGCAUCAUGCACUAUGCCAGGAACACCUUCUCAAGGGGCAUGUUUCUGGAUACCAUUCUCCCUUCCCGUGAUGACAAUGGUAUACGACCUGCCAUUGGCCAGCGUACCCGUCUAAGUAAAGGAGAUAUUGCACAGGCAAGAAAGCUGUAUAGAUGUCCAGCCUGUGGAGAAACACUGCAGGAAUCUACAGGCAACUUUUCUUCUCCUGGAUUUCCAAAUGGUUAUCCUUCCUACACACACUGCAUAUGGAGAAUCUCUGUGACCCCAGGAGAGAAGAUCGUUUUAAACUUUACCACCAUGGACCUUUACAAGAGCAGUCUCUGUUGGUACGACUAUAUUGAAGUAAGAGAUGGCUACUGGAGAAAAUCCCCUCUGCUUGGCAGGUUUUGUGGUGACAAACUGCCAGAAGUGCUCACAUCCACCGACAGCAGGAUGUGGAUUGAGUUCCGCAGCAGCAGCAACUGGGUUGGAAAGGGUUUUGCAGCUGUUUAUGAAGCUAUUUGUGGAGGUGAAAUCCACAAAAAUGAAGGCCAGAUCCAGUCUCCCAAUUAUCCUGAUGACUACAGACCAAUGAAGGAAUGUGUGUGGAAAAUAACAGUGUCUGAAAACUACAAUGUAGGAUUAACCUUUCAAGCAUUUGAGAUUGAAAGACAUGACAACUGUGCGUAUGACUACUUGGAAAUCCGAGAUGGAACAAAUGAGAACAGUCCUUUGAUUGGUCACUUUUGUGGCUAUGACAAGCCAGAAGACAUUAGAUCUACCUCUAAUACCCUGUGGAUGAAGUUUGUGUCUGAUGGAACUGUUAACAAAGCAGGGUUUGCAGCUAACUUUUUUAAAGAGGAAGAUGAAUGUGCCAAACCUGACAAUGGGGGCUGUGAGCAGCGCUGUGUGAAUACCCUGGGCAGUUACCAGUGCGCCUGCGAUCCUGGCUACGAACUUGGUCCUGACAAGAAGAGUUGUGAAGCUGCUUGUGGAGGACUCCUGACAAAGCUAAAUGGGACUAUAACCACACCAGGGUGGCCAAAAGAGUAUCCUCCAAACAAAAACUGUGUGUGGCAGGUGGUUGCCCCAACACAAUACCGAAUUUCAAUGAAGUUUGAGUUUUUUGAGUUAGAAGGGAAUGAAGUUUGCAAGUAUGAUUACGUGGAGGUUCGCAGUGGCCUUUCUUCUGAUUCCAAGCUGCACGGUAAAUUCUGCGGUUCGGAAGUGCCUGAAGUCAUCACCUCCCAGUACAACAACAUGCGCAUCGAGUUUCGCUCUGACAACACUGUCUCAAAGAAAGGCUUCAAGGCACACUUCUUCUCAGACAAGGAUGAGUGUUCCAAGGACAACGGGGGCUGCCAGCACGAGUGCAUCAACACAGUGGGAAGCUACGUCUGCCAGUGCCGGAAUGGAUUCGUGCUACAUGAAAACAAACAUGACUGCAAGGAAGCUGAGUGUGAGCAGAAGAUCCACAGUCCCAACGGCAUCAUCACGAGUCCCAACUGGCCUGACAAGUACCCCAGCAGGAAGGAGUGCACGUGGGAAAUCAGUGCCACCCCUGGGCAGAGGGUCAAACUGACAUUCAAUGAAUUUGAAAUAGAGCAACAUCAAGAAUGUGCUUAUGACCACUUGGAAGUGUUUGAUGGUGAAAGUGAAAAAUCGCCAAUCCUGGGACGCUUAUGUGGCAAUAAAAUACCAGAUCCUCUCAUUGCUACUGGCAACAAAAUGUUCCUCCGCUUUAUUUCUGAUGCUUCAGUUCAAAGAAAAGGCUUCCAAGCAACUCACUCUACAGAGUGUGGUGGUCGUUUGAAAGCUGAACUGAAGCCCAAGGACCUGUACUCACACGCUCAGUUUGGUGAUAACAACUACCCGGUGCAGGCCGACUGCGACUGGCUGCUGGUGGCCGAGCGCGGCGCCCGCGUCGAGUUGAUGUUCCAGACUUUCGAGGUUGAGGAAGAGGCAGACUGUGGCUACGACUACGUGGAGCUUUUUGAUGGUCAUGAUAAGACAGCAGUGAGACUUGGUCGAUUUUGUGGAUCUGGGCCACCAGAAGAAAUUUAUUCAGCAGGAGAAUCUCUUUUACUUCACUUUCACACUGAUGAUACAAUCAACAAGAAAGGAUUUCAUAUACGAUACAGAAGUAUAAAAUAUCCAGAUAGCGUGCACACCAAAAAAUAACACAAGAACGUCCAUGCCAGAAAAAAAGAGUGAGAAAGAAAGAACACGCAGUGAAAGGAAGGAAGGCGUGUCAUUUUUUUAAAAAACUGAAGUUAUUAGCACAAAUGAUUAAUAUAAGUUCAGUUGAAAUGCUGACUUAUAAUACCAGAGACUGAAAUAAAAUAAAAGAAGAAAAUCACCUAUCCCAGUGGAAUAGUCAAGAGGACGAUGUGCAGGCUCCAAACUUGACUGUCUCUGCAGAGCUUGUGAAAGGACUUGGCAUGCAGGGAGAAUAGAAAAGCUUUUGUUCAUGGUCCAGUAUUUGCUGGAACCCCGCGUGUGGAUUCAAUCAGUUUCAUUCAGGGGAAGUGACCCUCUAGAUCAUUCUUCCCUCUGACUAUUGUAUGGUGUCUAGAAGGAAAAGAAGCUCUUUUAGGUCACACACUCAAAUAUUGUCCUUCUACCUAGUUGCUUUGACUUUGAAUCCUGCGUACGGUGUGUACGAGGACUUGGAAGAAGAUACAAAAUGGGAAGGCCUUCCUGCAUUGUUCUGUAUUUUUUAUAAAUUCACCUGUCAUAUCAGGUUAUCAGUGUUUUGAAACUGGAAAAUCCUACUUCUGAAACAUAGCUGAUCUAUAGAGUAUUUUGUUUAACUAAUGACUGAGAAGUCUGAACUGUUACAUCAGUCAUCACUAGUGACCAAUCACUAGCUGACUGAAUUUUAAUGGUAUAAGCAUCUGAAAAUGUUUGGUUUACUGGUUAAGUAAGCUAUCUCCGAUGAUGUGCUCUUAUUUUGCACUGAAUAUAGAAAGAGACUGAAAUGAAAACCUGUCCUGAAUCAAAAUCUGUAUCCAUGAAAAAGAGAAAUGGUCAAGGAUCAUCUGAAACUCCUCCUACUGAAUUUUUUUCAGCAGUACAUUUGAAACCACUGCUAAGCUUUAUUUCUUUGGACCUUUUUGUGAAUGAGCUAUUUGCUGGAUUCAGUUACUCAGAAAUGAGGCUGCAGUAGUGUCCAAAAGACAAGUUUCCCAAAGAGGUUUUUGUUAGGUUUUUUUCCUAAGAGCAAGACUAUCCAUGAUGGUGAAAAAAGCAGAAUGAAACAACAGACCCAGGAUCUUUUUGAUAUCAAGUGUGAAUUUCUAUGGUGCUAUUCCAUGAACAUAAAAAAAAAAAAAAAAAAAAAAAAAACAAAAAAAAAAAAACCCAAGAAGUUUUAGACUUUUGAGCCAACAGUUUGCAGAUCGUGAAUGUCUCACUAUACCUGGCUGCAUCUGGAGAAGGAAGGCUUUACUGCUCCGAUGGAAAGUGGGUUGCAAUGGCAGUGCUAUUCCUGUGGAACAACUACUAUUAUUGCCUUAGAAUCCUCGCACACAAUCAGACAGAUCUUCCUGUAGAUACACUCCUAAUUUGAUAAAUAAUUUGACAUCUUGAGCAUCUUAGCAUACACUAACAAAAGGAUCUUCAAGCAAAAGCCCCAUCUGCAGAGAGAGAUCAUCUGCUGUAAAUACAGAGACCUGCUUUUGAUGUAGAGAUAUGUUACAUUUAGAACUGAGAUAUUCUAUGUGCUUUAGGCCGUACAUGGCUCUAGUCAUAAUGUAUAUGCAUUAUGUAAGUAUUGUAUGAAUGAGUGCUCCAGGAGAGUGAGAGCUAUUGUAUGGGUGAACAUGGAAUUGUUUCUUUAUGUGCCAAGUUCUAUCAGGACCCUGUUUGACUGUAGCAACUUUUCUUUAAAGGCUGCAUAGACAGAUAACAAAGACUUCUAGUUUGCAAGAAUCAAGUUUAAAUGAAGUAUUAUGUUUCACUUAUAAGAAAUAUUAUUUUGAUAUCCUUUGAUGUAAGUUGCUACUCAAAUUAGCUUAGUUUAUGUUUCCUUCUAUGAACAUACAUUGGCACUAAUAAAUCUGACCUUUUUUUACAAAAAUAAAAACUGAAUGUCCGUA